AUGCUAUAUGGGUAUGGGCUGUCAGCUUUCGAGCUAAACAAGCAAAAGGCAGUGCUUUAUGUCAUUUCAAUUCAUUCUCAACAGGCUCAAGAACAAGGCGUGCCGCGUGAUGAUGAAGACAGAGAGAAGAAUGAUAUUGAGAAAGCAAUUGAUCUUGAAAGCAAUUUAAUUAGUUCUACUGGCUGGUUCUUCCGUCUUGCUGAAGAUUUACCGCCACCAAAUGAAAAUCAAAAUGAUGUAAAUGAAAAUCAAAGUGAUGACAUAGAUGAAAAUGAGAAUGAAAGAGCAGAAAAUGAAAAUGCAAAUGCAAAUUAUUUAAACAUUUAUGAUCCAAGAGUUUGGGAUAAUCUUGAUGCUAAAAUGAGAGAUUUGCUUUUAGAAAAUGGGCCCCUAUUUAAAACAAUGCAAGCUAGAAGUCAAUUAGCAAGUGAAGGAUCCAGAGAUUGGAAACAUCUUGGUGACAAGCUUAAACAACAUGAAAACAGUAUUGAACACCUCACUAACUUAAGGUAUUGUGUUGAAUUGCAAAUCAGAUUGAAAACAAGUCAAACAAUUGAUAAAGAGUUACAAGAGCUAAUCAAGAAAGAUACACUACACUGGAAAAAUGUGAUUGUUAGAAUCAUUGUUGUGGUGAAAUGUCUUGCUACACAUAAUUUGGCAUUUCGUGGAACAAAUGAAAAAGUUUAUGACAAUGGCAAUGGUAUUGAGAAAAUAAGGAAAUUUGAAAUUGGAAUUCUACCAAAGGCUGCAAUACACUCUUCAGAUGGUUUAACUUUGAAAUCAUUGUCAACUACACGUUGGGAAAGUCACAUUGAUAGUGUCAAAGCAAUAAAAUCACAAGCUGCCCAAAUCAGAGAUGCUUUAUUUAAAUUAGCAGAAAUUAGUGAAGAUGCUAAAUUGAGUAGGGAUGCUCAAAGUUUAGCAUCGGGAGAGCUUUCAAGUUUUGACUUCAUAUUAAGCUUGGUUAUUUGGCAUAACAUAUUGCACAAGAUUAACUUAGUUAGUAAAAAAUUACAAUCUGAAGACAUGCGUCUUGAUGUUGCUGUAAAACAAUUAGAAGGACUUGUUGCAUUUUUUGAAAACUAUAGGAUAAAUGGGUUUAUUUCUGCCGUGAUUGAUGCUAAAGAAAUUGCAUUUGAUAUGGGAAUUGAGCCUGUAUUUCCUAAAAAACGUCAAAUGUGUAGAAAGAGGCAUUUUGAUGAGAUUUCCAAUAAUGAAAGGGAAGAACAAUCAGUUGAAGAAUCUUUUAGAGUUAAUUAUUUUCUUGUCAUAGUAGACAUUGCUCUUGGUGAAUUGAAGAGUAGGUUUGAACAAUUGCAUUGCUUUGAAUCUAUUUUUGGGUUCUUAUUUGAUGCUGCAAAGUUGACUUCAUUGGAUGCUAAUCAAUUGAAAGUUUCUUGCGUGAAUCUUGAAAAUGCUUUAAAAAAUUGGUGA